UUCUUUAUAUUCUUGAGAACGAGCAAGCUAGCCUCAGAUUGAGUCUCAUUUCUCUGUACUCCCGGUUUUCCCUUCUGAUCUUUUACACACACAUAUAUAUACGAAGAAAAUCAUAUACUCGAGUUGUUUAAAAAUGGGGUUCAAACCAGUCGACAAGCUUAAAAUCAAGCACAAGAAGGGAUUAUGGUCACCAGAUGAAGAUCAGAAACUUAGAAACUACAUCCUGAAACACGGCCAUGGCUGCUGGAGCUCGGUUCCCAUCAAUGCUGGUUUACAAAGGAAUGGAAAGAGCUGCAGAUUAAGGUGGAUUAAUUAUUUAAGACCAGGAUUAAAGAAAGGAACGUUCAGCACAGAAGAGGAGGAGACAAUCCUGGCCCUUCAUCGAAUAGUAGGCAACAAGUGGGCUCAAAUAGCACAACAUUUGCCUGGAAGAACUGAUAAUGAGAUAAAGAAUUACUGGCAUUCUUAUCUGAAGAAAAAGUUAGCAAAGCUAUACGGAAGUACUGAAACUUGGGCGAAACCUGAAUCAGCAGUUGGGCAAAUGGAAAAUGUGAACUCUUCAUCUUCUUCCCCGAAGUCGACUACUCAAAACUCAAGUUUGGACUCAUCUGAACACAUGGAAGGAUCAUUAAUGGAUACAGAUCAAUCUAAUAAACAAAAGACUCGAGCCCAAAAUUUUAAUUUGCCCAAAAUUCUCUUCGCUGAGUGGUUCUCAUUAGAUCAGUUUCAUGACAAGGAUUUGCAGAAUUCUGGCAAUUUCAAGAAUCCUUUUAACAACCCUAGUACAAACUUUCAAGACGAAUCUAUUCUUGGUUUACUGCUUGAUGAUCAGACGGCUGGGAGGGAAAUGCAUACAAAACCAAACAACUAUUCACUUGAUGAUAUAUUUUUUCCACCGUUUGAUCAAGAUCAGAUUUUGGAAAGGGGGCUUGAUUAUUUUCCUGGUGAAUUCAGCAUGAGUUGUGAUGAAAUGUAUUUAUGAAGGGCGCGUGUACCUAUGUAUGAGCAACUUCAAGAGAGAAUAACCUCUAAAUGCAAUAACAAUUAUAAAGCAGGAUAGUGAGAAUCCAUGCACAGUAAUGAUUGGUUAUUGUUCACUUGAAGUUGCUAGUUAGGACACACUUUCUUUGUUAUUUCUUCACUUAAAGUUGCUUCUUCGGACACGUGUCCAUUGUGAGUACAUUAGAAGCUAAAGGGCCAUACUGUAAUAAUUUCAUAAACGGACCGUUGCUGAUUAGACUUGAAAUGCACGACUUUUCUCUGGUUUGAUCUCA